AUAACAUUAGCGGCGUUAGUGGGCAUUGUGAAAGAGAAGCUAUGGCGGAUCAUGAACGACACAGAUGGGGUCUUAAAGCCGACGGAGGGCCGCAGGAGGAGGGAGACAGAGUGAAAACUAAGCCUGUCUCUUGUAGCACUGUGGGGACCGCCGUCAAGCGUACAUCGCAGCAUCUUUCCUCCGGUGAUGAAGAGGAGGGCUCAGCCACCCCACCGGCUCCACCAAAAGUCUCCAAAAUCGGUUUUAACCUGAGCGGUCCGAUUGGGAAGAAAUCCAACAACCCCAUAUCCAUCAAACUUGGAGCAUCAAAACCUAAAGAUCCUGUUCCUCCAGUUCCUCCUAAAAAGGUUGGGCUUGCAUCAGUGUUCAAUGAAGAUGAUGAUAGUGAACCAGAGGAAAUGCCACCUGAAGCAAAGAUGAGAAUGAAGAACAUUGGCAGAGAGACACCAACAUCCGCAGGGCCUAACUCUUUCAAUAAAGGCAAGCAGGGCUUCUCUGACAAUCAGAAGCUUUGGGAGAGGAAGCUGAAGGCCCACGCAGAAGAUGAAAACUAAAUAACAACAGUACUGUAGUUUUUAAUAAGUUGUCAUUGAGAAGUACAGGACUGGCUUGGUUUCAUCAACUUA